AUGUUGAAACCACUGAGAGCUAUAACUUUGGGGAGAAUAGGCAUUAGGAAUUCAUCAUGGUCUUCCAAAGUCAACCAGGUAAAUAAGAAAUUCAAUAAAAUAGGUGAUGAGAAUUCCAACGAAUCAAAGAAGACUUUAAAAGUUAUUAGAGCUACGGGUGGAAUUUCAAUUAUUGUAGUAUUAUGUCUGUUGCUUUGGGCCAGUUCCUAUUCAGAUAUCCCAAUCACCAAAGAUUUUGCUUCAGAUUUGAGUAAAGAUGUUAGAAAAGAUUAG